GGUUUGAAAAACGCAGCGCUCCGAGACACAAGCGCUCUCUUCUCUGGGCCAAAAGCCAGGAAGGGAACAGCAGACGUCCCUGGGAAAGCAGAGAGAUUGGCUACACACAACUUAAAAAAGGAUCCGCUUUCAGGCCUCGGGACAACUUCCCAGCCACCACGAGGGAGGAAAGGAAAGCCUUAGGGAUCCGAGGGAGCUCGGAAGGUCACCGAGGUUCAUCUCUGGUCACUCCCGCUCCCUAAGUCGGUCCCGUAGCUUUUUCUCGCACCCUCUGGGAGGGUCCCUGCAACCCUCGCCCCCACUGGGCUGGCGCUGCCAAUAGCGGGGCGCGAUCUUGCCUUAGGGUUCCCGCACUAGGCUGGGACUGGAGGCUGGCCUCAGCCGGGUUCGGAGAGGAAACCGGCUGGCAGGCGGGUUCCAAGAGGCAAGGCGGGGUGGGGCGGGGCGGGGCGGAGUCGGGCCGAACAGGCGGGACUCAGCGCGGGGUGAAAGGCGGAGCGGGGUGGGCGGCCGGGCUGUGCCACCGGCAGUCCGAGAGUUGCGGGGACUGGAGACCUGGCUGCCCAGGGCAGGAGCGCGAAGGGGAAGCGCCGAUGGCUCCCUUGGGACUCGCCACGACCCCCGGCGCUUGGGGCAGCUGGGACAGCUACCAGCUGACUCCCGCUUUGGAGGCGGGCUCCGCCCUGGCUUCAUCGAGUGGAGGGACAACUCCAUCUCCUGCGAACAGUGCUGGGACUAGACACCCAGAAUAUAUUGCUAUUGGAAUAGUUCCAGUUUUCUUCAUCAUGGGACUUCUGGGAGUCUUUAUCUGCCAUCUGCUUAAGAAGAAGGGGUAUCGGUGUACAACAGAAGCUGAACAAGAAGUUGAAGAAAAAGCUGAAAAGAUGGAAUUGAAUGACAGUAUAAAUGAGAAUAGUGAUACCGUUGGACAGAUUAUCCAUUACAUCAUGAAAAAUGAAGCAAAUGCUGAUAUUUUAAAGGCCAUGGUGGCAGAAAACAGUGUAUGUGAUCCUGAAAGCCCUUUGACUCCUAGUACUCCAGGCAGUCCUCCAGUGAGUCCUGGUCCCUUGUCCCCAGGAAGCACUCCGGGGAAGCAUAUGUGUGGCCAUCAUCUCCAUACUGUUGGAGGGGCAGUAGAAAGAGAUGUAUGCCAACGCUGCAGACAUAAACGGUGGCACUUCAUAAAACCAAGCAAUAAAUCUAAAGAAGGAAGAAGUCGGCGCCAAGGAGAGGUGACAGUUCUUUCAGUUGGCAGGUUUAGAGUUACAAAAGUGGAACACAAGGCUCAUGCCAAGGAACGGAGAAGCCUCAUGUCUGUGAGCGGCACAGAAAGUGUCAACGGUGAGGUACCCGUUACCCCUGUGAAACGGGAACGGAGUGGCACGGAAUAGGAGGGGGAGUUGUAUUUGAAGACACUUUAAAGAGACUGAAAACUUAAGAACGAAGCGCAAAGCCAAUGACCCAAGGAAAUAUUUUCUUAGAUCUUUUGUACCAUUUCUGCACUGGGUGUCUAAGACUUGAAAAUGGACCACCAUCGUUAUCUUAGAUGCCAGGAUCCGUGUGUCGCCUUUAUAAUUGGUUUUGCCUCUUAUGCCUUACGGAAAGUUUAUUAAAUUUUCGAGAAAGGCAAGAUUUGGUAGUAUUUUUAACUUACUAGCCUUUUCCUUUGCCCUUGUGUACAUAACUCAGUCUUCUCAUUUCAGUGUAUGUACAGUGGGACUGUUAAUGUACAGUUUGAGAUUGUGCUUCUUUUCUCUGUGGUAUGCCUCUUUUUUCACUCUACCCCAAUUUUUUCUCUUUGAUUUUUUAAAUCUGGGGAGAAGGGGCAGCAAACACCCCCAGUUUUACUGGCACAGAAGUGAUAGACAUUGAUCUUAGGAUGCUCCUCCUCCACUUUUAUCCUAAUCACACUUUGUCCCUCCACUACCUGUGACUUCCUUUUAGGAGUGACUUAAAUUUGACUACAACCACAUUUCAGUGACUAAAAAUGAUUCAAAAGCCCAUCAAACAAAACAGUUUUUUUUUUUCUUGACAGUCUAAGGCCCAAACAAGCACCUCUGCUAUAGGACCAGGGCUUGUAACUUCUUCCAGACUUUUUUUUCAUGGUGUAGUUAAUGGCCUUAGGUGUUGAUAAGCAUUCAUGUAAUACUACUAAUAAAGCCUUGCUGGUAUGUUCAUGGCAGGCGAGUGCAGACAGUUUGGAAGGAGCAAUGAUGGAAUGAUCUAGACAAAACCUGGUACUACUUGGGGUUUUGUUAUUUAGGCCAAGUGUUCCCAGAUCUCUAGCACUCUCCUUAAAUAAUGAAAAAACCCAAAAGAAAUGAACUGAUCAUCAUCAGCUUCCCAAAGGAACACCUCUGUGUCAGUGGGCUUUUAAGUAUUAUUGUAAAUAUACUUUUCUUUUCUAAAUCUAGCAGAAAGUUUAAGAAUUUACCUAUUCUCAAGAUGACCAGUAGAUUUAAUUUUGUGUUAAUUUUUUUCUUUACAUUUCAAGGCAGUAUGGUGUAAUGGAUAGAGAGCUGGCCUUGUACUCAUGAAGAUUUGGUUUAAAUUCUACUUUGAAACAUGUCAUUUAAUCUUUCAGUGCUUCUGAUAAUUCCCUUAAAAUUAUAAAUUGCAGAAAAAGGUCAGAUCAGCAUUGAUGGAGGGAGUUUCCUCACUGGGAGUUCUCUAUGUCAAUUAAAUCUCAGGUCCAUUUCAAAUUUGUCAGUUUUCUAACAAAUCUGAAAGAUAAGUCUAUACUUGGGAUAGUUGCAUGUAUGUUGGAUACAUAAUCAAAAAAGAUGUAAUUGUGGAAAUAAACCUCCCUGAGUUCCAGAAAAUUAUAAGGGAUUUUUUUUUUGAGAAUGUAAAUAUUUUUUAAGUCAAGAUUUUAAAGUCUUAGUUUUUUAAGUAAAAAAUCAUUAAUCAUACAAAUUUAAAAUAUCAUAUUCCAAUAUAUAGAAAAUCAAAAUAUAAGGUAUUUCAAAGGCUUUAAUAAUUUUAUUCAGGUCAGAGCACUUUUAGCAAUACAGUGGUCAAGAAAAUACACUCGUAUCUAAAAUUAUAUUUAAAUGAAAAGCACACUUUUAAAGUAUUUUCUGGUAUGAGCAGUUUCAGUUUGGUUUGAGUAUCUUACAUGCCAAAAGUUACACACACCCCAUACAUCAAUCAUGUGAACAUUUUUGUUGGUUUCUUGUAUCCAGUGAUAAUUCUUAAGUGUUUAUAGAGCAACGGAUGUUUACAAGAGCUUUUAUUUCCCCUCUUCCUUUGGAGGGGGAGGAAUUUCCUAUACAAGCUUAUAGAAUGACACUAACUAUUGUUAUCCUCUGUAAAAUUUGUAAAGGUAAUUUUUCAUCAUUUUGUGUGUCAAAUAUAUUUUUAACUGUAUGGUUUGUACCUUAAGACUUUUGUACUACCAAAGCAGAAUUAAAAUAAAAGAUAACUAAACAGUC